CUUAGCCAGGCUUUUCGGGUGAGCUUGCUCGAUUGAACCCAUAUGUUUAAUAUUCAGUGUUUAUUCAUUUUUCUUGCUAAUUAAGUCAUUUUAAUUAUUUUCUUAACAACCAGUUGAAGUGGGAAAAUGGCGAGUGACUUGACACCGUUUCUCUCGCAUGCAACUGACCGAUCAAGGGCCUCUUACUUUACUCACAAGGAGAAACUUAUUAUUUUAGAAAACUUUGAAAACUAUAAAGACGUUUUUAGGACUAAAGCAAAUACUGCUGUUGCAAGUAAAGCCAGAGAGGAAUGCUGGAAGAAAAUAGCUGAAUGUGUAAAUUCUUCAGGAAGUAGCAAUGUACCAAGGACGUGGAGACAAAUUAAGACCAAAUACAAGAACCUACUCCAAUCUGCACACCGGAGACAUAAGAGGCAGAUUCGAGAAGCAAACCAAACUAAUCAAGAUGCACAGGUUUUGGAGGCACUACAGGGAGGUGUCCAAUCACAUCCUGCUUUUCAUAGCCCACAGGAGGUCUUUGUUCAGGUUGACGGGAAUACAAUGGUUGUAAUGGAACCCCACAACCUUGUGUCUCCACAGACAGAGAAAGUUGGAUAUGGGAGUAACAAAAAAGAUGCAUGCCAACCAGCUCUGAUUCGUCAGGUCACAGCGGACAACAACGAGAUUUCACAGCCCAAUAAACUAAAUGGCUCUGUUGCAGAUUUCCAAAAUUUGCACCGAGAACUUCUCCUUGGCCAUAAACGGGGGCUUCUGUUUGGAGUGAAGCCGGAGCUGAAGAGGGUCAUGGAGCAGAGGAGGGGGAAGAUCCACAAAGAAGAAGAGCAGGCUCGACUGGGGCCCUCAGACCUGGAGACAGAGCUCCGCAAAAGACAGCAAAAACUCAAGGAGUAUGAACUUGAGGAGAUGAAGCAGCAAGAAAACCAGGAGAAGAUCCCAGAAUUUGUUCGAGUGAAAGACAAUCUGAGGCGAACACAGAUGUUAGACCAGUGAGGCGUUGAGGCACCUUCACCACAGUGGCCCUACUGUUGUAGCACCAGAGCUGCAGGACUACUGCUUUCUGCAGAU